AUGACACAACAACUUGAAAUGACGGAUUAUGUCGCAACAAGAUGGUAUCGUGCACCAGAAUUACUAGUUGGUGAUCGACAGUAUGGUACUGCUGUUGAUGUAUGGGCUAUUGGUUGUGUAUUUUGUGAACUUUACUCGGGUGUACCAUUAUGGCCCGGUAAAUCAGAUGUUGAUCAACUUUAUCUUAUUAGAAAAACUUUAGGCAAUCUUAUUGAUAAGCACAUAACUAUAUUAAAAAAUAAUCCACAUUACAAAAAUGUUCAUAUACCUGAACCCGAUAUAAUCGAACCAUUAGAACAAAAAUUUCCAUAUGUUACUGAAAGAAGUCUUGACUUUAUGAAAAGUUGUUUAGUUAUGGAUCCAGAUAAACGUUCUACAUGUAGUCAACUUCUACAACAUCCAUAUUUUGAUGGUUUUACAAAUGAAUUUGAACGUGAAAAAAAAGAACAAAUUAAACAUUUACAUCGUGAACAACAAAAAUUGAUACAACAACAAGUUAAACUUCAAAAUAAUGUUUAUGGGACGGGUGCAGGACAAAGUAAACCACAAAAUCAAGGAGGAAAAACUCUUCCAACUUUGACGGGCAUAACUGGCACACAAUUUACAAGUAUUCAUCCAACAUCAACUAAUCCAGGAGACUAUAUAAGACCAAGUCGUCUUGAAAUCUAUCUUGAUCCAGAUCAACGUAUUAAUGUGCCAAAAACACGUUUUGUUAAUACACAACAUCAAAAUACUAUGUCAACAAAUGAUCUAGAUAUAUCUGUAAAACCUUCACCACAAACAAAACGUUUAGCACAUGGAGAUAAUUUUACCCAUUUUCCAAAUAUUUAA